UCUAAGGUAGUUUGAGUGGAGAAAGUAAUGAAGAUGGAAGGAGCCGAUGUAGAUGAAUUAUUGAGAAGAUUUAUGGAGUAGCGAAGUGAUAGCUGUUUAUACGUCGCGCCGGAACGAUAGAGGACUACGGCACCAGGAAAUUGCCAGAUAGCAUGCCAGUAGAGGUGACUCCACUGCAGAUGAGGGAACAUGUUGGCUAUGGACCAAGGAGUGGUGGAGGAAUGGCUGUCAGAAUUUAAGACCCUCCCUGACAGUGCUGUGUCCAACUAUGCUGCCUCACUAAAGGACAAAGGCUCUCUGGUCCCUGCUCUCUACAAAGUCAUCAGAGAGAACUACAGCGAUCUGCUGGAGCCGGUUUGUCACCAGUUGUUUGAGUUUUACCGGAGUGGUGAGCCGCAGCUGCAGCGUUUCACGCUACAGUUCCUGCCAGAGCUCCUGUGGAGCCUGCUGUCCGUCAGCGCAGCCAGAGACCCGCACACCUCCGGCUGCAUCGAGGCCCUGCUGCUGGGCAUUUACAACCUGGAAAUAGUUGAUAAAGAUGGACAGAGUAAAGUGUUGUCUUUUACCGUCCCUUCCCUCUCUAAACCAUCGGUGUAUCAUGAGCCUUCAGCGAUCGGCUCCAUGGCACUCACAGAAGGAGCUCUAGCCAACCACGGCCUGAGCAGGGUGGUGUACAGUGGGCCACACCUGCAGAGAGAGAACUUUACCGCACAGAACAGGUUUGAGGUGCUGACCUUCCUGUUGCUGUGCUACAACGCCGCUCUGAGCUACAUGACGUCCACCUCCCUGCAGUCCCUCUGCCAGCUCAGCUCCAGGGUGUGUAUAUGCGGUUACCCAAGGCAACAGAUACGACGGUACAAGGGCAUAAGCACGCGGCUCACUGUCACGUCAGAGUUCCUGGUCCAGCUCAUAACGGGGAUACACUACGCCUUGUGCAAUGGGGAAGUUGAACUGGGAUCCAAAGCACUGGAUGACGUCCUGUAUCGGGCCCAGCUGGAGCUGUUCCCUGAAGCUCUGUUGGUGGGUAAUGCCAUCAAGUCGUCUCUGCAUGGUGCAGCACUGAAGAGCAACAAUAAAGAGGGUGCACGGAGUAUCCAGGUGGAGAUCACACCCACCUCCUCCAGGAUCUCCAGAAAUGCUGUCACGUCUCUGUCUAUCAGGGGACACCGCUGGAAGAGACAUGACGCAGUGGAUCUGGGUUCCCCGGAUGAGCUGAUGGAUAUUUCAGAGGUGGAUGAAGGGGUGUGGCCAGGCGGAGUGGGGCCUGACAUGACCCCUCCCACCAUCACUAUCAGCAACAGCGUCACCACGUUGAACCUGGGGGCCAAGGCCAUGAAGAAGUGUCGGCUCGGCGUGCGCUCCAGCAAGGACAAGGAAGCGGGCCCUCUAACAACCGGGCGGGCUAACAGCGAGAGCGCAGAGCUCUCCGUCAAGCGGCUGACGCUCACUUCCAGCCAGUCGGUGCCCAAGGCGGGAGCUCUCACCAGCUUGACGCGCACUGCCAGCGCCGUCUUCUCCCGCUCCUUUGAGCAGGUGGCCAGCGGCAACGCCCCUCCCAACAACAACCACACCACCUCUGAAGCUGGCCGCUACUCGUGCAGCUUGCAGGAGGACGGGAUGGGGUACCUGAGUCCGGCGCCGAACCACACGCAGCGCUCUCCCAGCAUCAGCGUGCACCUUGGCUCUGAUCUUUGAACGCCCUGAACCCUCAAUUCUGCGACCCUGUAACCUGUGACCUGGAACUCCAAGCCAUGCCAACAAAAACAGACCACAAACACUCCUGUUGUUUCCCUCGCCACUCCGUUUUAAUGUCUUUGAUCGUCUGUGCUGCUGUCCUGCUCUAUUCACUCACCCUGAGCUCCAUCAGCUCCCACUGCUCCUCCUCUCCUCCAGCAGAGCCUCCUCUGAGCCUGAUGGAUGUUGAAUGUCAGGGUGAGACCACUCAAAGCUUAAAGUGCACUGUCACCGUGAAGUGGCAGCGGGACAAAACUGCACUCCCUGUCAUAAACUGAGGCACUGAAAACUCCUUACUAAGAAGACUGUGUGGAGAAGUGUCUGAAAAGUAUUUGAAUUGGCAUUUGCUGCCCUGCAUGGCUUUUCCAUACAUCCAUCCUGACCUCGCCCUGGCUUUGUCAGACGGCGGUUGUUGAGUGUGAGAGCAAUGCUUGAGUGUGUGUGAGUGUGAGUGUGAGUGUGGUUGUUUUUUAGAUUAAAGGCUGCUGAUUGAUACAAUGAACAAGGUAUGAUUCUACAAAUUGAAACAAGCGUUUCUACUCCUUUUUUAAACAAUUAUUGAUCAUUUCCCAUAGCAAUACAAAUCUCUCCUAUUCUGUGUUUUCCUACUUUGGGAGCAUCACCCAGACUUUCCUUUUACAGCAGAACUUCUGCAUUCUUCCCUUAAAAAUCAUGAAAACAACCACUAAAGAAUCAACCAGUAUGAGAAGAAUCAGUUCUUUGUUUACAGCUGCACAGUUUUGUCAUCAUAAUGACGAUAAUAGCAAUAUUUAUCCUCUCUUCCCUUGCUCCUCUAGCACUUUCCUGAAUUGCUGUGUAUUUGAUGGCACAAGUAAAAAUCCAACUUUUUAAAGAUAACGAGAAAGGGUUUUUGAUUAUAAGGAGGAAGGGUGUGGAUGAUUUAAGUAUUGAAUUUUGCACUUGAGAGAUCAAAUGAGUUGUGUUUUCAACUUUGGUAUUUUCUUAUUAUGAACAAGAGGUGUUUGACUCUCUGCUAUGGUUUUUUUCCUGUGAGAGACGACGUAAACGCCUUGUUGCUCCGUACUAAACUGUAAUUGAACUUUUGUCUAUCUGUGUACGGGGCAACAAGGUCAUCCUCUGAUCCACCCAUUGUUCCAGCUGUUUGUAGUACUCUGGUGAUGUGUUUCCCGUGUCCGUUGUCGUUCACAUCACAGCGUAAAGCAGGGUGAUAUGCUCUUGUACCAAAAACUGAAUUAAACGCCAACCCACCUGCUACAUUCGAUGUCCUAAAUCAAACAUCCAGGCUACCCCGCCCUCAAAGCAAAGUGUUUUCUGUCAUCUGUGUACCUGACCUGUCCAGUGUCCAUACAUGCAGUAGCUUGGUGGGACAGUAACAAUCAAAGUGUUUCUGUAUGUGGGUUUACAGAAUGUGAAAGCUCUUGUUGUACAUCAUACUGUUGUACUGAAGUCGGUUUAUUUUGGCCUUUCUAUGUCUGAAUAACUCACUGCUACAACUUCUGGGAAUAAAGUGUUUCUAUAUUUCA